UCACACCAGGGGCGGACUGACAACUCAUGGGGCCCCCGGGCAAUAGGGGAUCAUGGGGCCCCUGUGUCCUUGUCCAAACUCAAAAAAGCCUAUAAAAAAGGUACCAGGGGCAUCUCAUGGGGCCCCCUACUGACCCCGGGCCCUCGGGCAGUGCCCGAGUUUCCAAAUGGUCAGUCCACCCCUGGUUCACACAUAAAGUCAAAGGUGGUAAAAACCCUGCAGUUGAGUCGCAGUUAAACCACCUCUAAUCCUUACCCCCUUUAGCUGCUGAGGCAGCCAAAGUGUACACAUUUAACAGUGUAUUUUGUCUUCUUUUAUCUUUGC